UUCUCCUCCAUUUUUCCUCCUCGUCGUUCUUCCCUUCCGCCGAUAGAUCUCCACCGGCAAUUCUCCGAUCUGUUGUCUACGAAUCUUGGUCAUCCGAUCCGACCGAUCGACGGGAUCCUGCGGUGGAGAUUGACAAGUCUCGUCGCGGGGUUCAUCCGGAGGGGAUGGAAGCGCGCACGAUCGGUUAAAAAAUGCCUGGAAUUACGCAGAAGAAUGCUCAGCUCGGUAAUUCUUCGGGCGUCUCCGGAUCGAGGCCGUCCAACGGCCUCUGGUCGAAGAUUGGAGACGACGUCUCCUAUGAUCAGCUCCAGAAGUUCUGGAGUGAACUGUCACCUGUGUCGAGGCAUAAGCUAUUGAGAGUCGAAAAACAGGCGCUAUUUGAACAGGCAAGGAAGAAUCUCUACUGUUCUCGUUGUAAUGGGCUACUUCUUGAAGGAUUCUCGCAGAUUGUCAUGUACGGGAAGUCGUUACAACAGGAGAAUGAACGGAAUUUCAACGCCAAAUCUUCAAGCUGUAGAAAUAAGAGUGGCUAUGGAUCCAUGAGAGCGUCCUUGCACUGUCACGAUGAUGCCCAUGACCCAUUGGUUCAUCCAUGGGGAGGCUUAGUUGCAACCAGAGAUGGGACGUUGACUCUGUUGAAUUGCUUUCUUGAUGGGGCUUCUCUUGAUACACUUCAAAAUGUUUUUGACAGUGCACGAGCAAGAGAGCAUGAGAGGGAAUUGCUCUACCCUGAUGCAUGUGGGGGUGGAGUUCGAGGUUGGAUAAGCCAAGGGAUGAUAAACUAUGGAAGGGGGCAUGGAACAAGAGAAACUUGUGCUCUGCAUACAGCACGACUUUCUUGUGAAACUCUUGUGGAUUUCUGGUCUGCCUUGGGUGACGGAACACGAAAUUCUCUAUUGCGCAUGAAGGAGGAAGAUUUUAUUGAAAGACUUACAUAUAGGUUUGACAGCAAAAGAUUUUGCAGAGAUUGUAGAAGGAACGUCAUUCGUGAGUUCAAAGAAUUGAAGGAACUGAAGAGGAUGAGAAGAGAACCUCGUUGUACCAAUUGGUUUUGUGUUGCAGAUACAGCCUUUCAUUACGAGGUAUCAAAUACUUCAAUUCAAGCUGAUUGGCACCAGUCUUUCAGUGAAGCUGCUGAUACUUACCAUCACUUUGAAUGGGCUGUUGGAACGGCAGAAGGAAAAUCAGACAUUUGUGGGUUUCAGGAUGUUGGUAUGAAUGGCAAUGUCCAAGUGGAUGGUCUUGAUUUAUCUGGACUGAGUGGAUGCUUUAUCACACUGCGAGCUUGGAGGCUUGAUGGUCGUUGUGUUGAGUUGGCUGUAAAAGCACAUGCCUUAAAGGGCCGGGCAUGUGUCCAUCGCAGGCUAAUGGUGGGAGAUGGGUUUGUUACUAUUAACAAGGGGGAGAAUAUUCAAGAGUUCUUUGAACAUGCAGAAGAUGCUGAAGAAGAAGAUGAUGAUGAUUCUGUUGAUAGGGAUGGCAGUGAGAUUGAUGGUGAUGGCUCUCGACCUCAAAGGCAUGCAAAGAGCCCGGAACUUGCAAGGGAGUUCUUAUUGGAUGCUGCAACUGUUAUUUUCAAAGAACAGGUUGAGAAGGCAUUUCGUGAAGGCACUGCCAGGCAGAAUGCACAUAGCAUUUUUGUUUGUUUGGCAUUGAAGCUGUUGGAAGAUCGUGUUCAUGUGGCAUGCAAAGAGAUUAUUGCCUUUCAGAAGCAAAUCAAGUUACUUGAAGAAGAAGAGAAAGAAAAGCGUGACAAUGAACAAAAGAAGGAGAGGAAAAGAACAAAGGAAAGGGAGAAAAAAUUGCGAAGAAAGGAAAAAAUGAGGGGAAGAGAAAAGGAAGUAGAUAAUAACAUUGGUGAAACUGAAGAUCAUCCCUCUUUUACUGCAUCCACAAAUAAUUCCUUAUUGGAUGUUGAAGAUGUGUCAUCUCACUUCUCUGAUUCAGUUGAUUCAGUAUUGGAAAAAGGAGAUGCUGCCCCAACUAAUUGCCAGUCUUUUGAUGUUAAAGAUAGUGACGUUACCUCAACAGAGAAGAAGAGCUUGCAGGUCUCAGGUAUAAAUGAUGAAAUGCUCAACUCCAGAGAUGAUAAUAGUUUCUUGGCAUCUGAACAAUUAAAAUUGUCACGAAGGAAGAUGAAAUUUAGGAAGGAGCCUCUUGUAGAUCCUGCAUCAAAAAGUUAUAGCAGACAGAGUCUUGUGACUGGAAAUGAGAUCCAUGAUUGUGAAUCAAACACAAAAAUACAUGGUCGUAGAGGAGUCUCCUCCAGAAAUAUUAAUGGAAUUCAAAGACAAUCAAGAUGCCAACUUUCAAAACCCAGCUUCAGAAGCUAUGCUCCGAAAAACAGUGGUCAUUUCCAAUUUUCUAGCUUUAGGACACAUGAACGAUAUGAAACCCAUUCUGGCAGUCGUACCCUUCAUAAUGGAUACAGGGUGAAGACAAACCAACUGUCUAUUAUUAGAUCUUGCGGAACUAAACUACAGUCUGAUUCAUCAGUGGAAUGUGGUAGGCCAUUGUAUAAUGGUGGUAAUUUCCGAGGUGAUGGUUUGUCAAGUGAUGGUCGUGAACUUUCUAGAGCUAAGGGUGGAUCAGGGAAUUCUCAUACUAGUCGUGGAGUUCUUCAUACCAAAAAAGUGUGGGAACCUUUGGAGUCAAGGAGAAAAUUUGCCAAAAGCAACUCAAACUUCAUGGUUACUUUACAGGAUGCUGAUGCUCAGAAGGAUGACAGAAAUGAGGAUCAGAUGCUUUAUGGUAUGACUGGGAACAAAUGCCAGUCAAGUGACUUACCAAAGUCGUCAUGUGAUGAGAAUUCCUCUGACGUCUCAGGAAUUUCAGCUGAAUGUCAUUCUGCAGUGAACUCCAAAGACCAUCAUAACAUCAAUGGGUUAAGAAGUUCUAGCUUAGAAAUGUGUUGCCAAGGGAAUGAAGUUAGAAUUGAUCCUUCCCAUCAGAACAUGAAAGCUUCUCAUCAUACUGAAGCUCUUUCAUGCCCAACAAAUUUCAUUGACGGGAUGAAUCCUGCAUGUGAUCCUUCAACAAUCAUUUCUUGCUCUGAUAGUAGUUCAUCAUGUCUUAGCGAAGGAGGUUUCAGCACUGCUACUUCAUGUGUUCAUAAUGGAGAAUCCUUGUCUACAUCUGAUUCCGAAGAUGCUAGCCCAUCUCAAUCAAGAGAAAGUUUAAGUAUGUACAACAAGAACUCAUCAGAUUGUUGCGCAGAUAUGAUUUCAUCUAGUUGUUUGCCUGAUGUUAGUACCGCAACAUCGGCCCUGGUUGAUUCUAAUCCUGGGUUCUCAGCUAAAGAGCAAACCAAAGUUUGUUAUCCUGAAGGCAAUGGGAUGGGAGUGUGGACUAAUCAAAGGAUGGCUGAUAUGGAACCUUUGCAAAACAUGCACACAGUGCCUAGUCAGGGCAUUCAUUUUCCUGGAUUUCCUGCUCAUGGUGUGGGCUACUAUCAGACAGCUACUGCAUGGCCAGCUGCGUCAACCAAUGGUCUAAUGCCAUUUCCUCAACCUGAUCGCUUCCUAGUAUCCCAACCCCUGGGUUUCGGUUUACAAACUAAUGGAUCGUCUCGCUUCUGCAUGACAUAUGGAGCCUAUCAAACCCUGCCUCCUGCAUUAAAUGCUGGCCAGCUUCCGCUUUAUCCAUUUAAAACUAGCAUGGACUUAAGAGAACAUAGCAGGCCAUCAAAACCAGUGAUUUAUGAAGCAAAUGAUGUAUGGUUGUCCUCUGAAUCCAAUGCACUUCCAAUGGUGAAUAAUCAUUUUGGAAUACCCUUUCACAAAAGUCAUAGCCAUAUUGGACCAGAGCAUUUUUCACAUUUACAAGAUGGAAAAGUAGGGAACUUCACAUCACAUGAUGAACGAACAUUUUCCCUCUUCCACUUUGGUAGCUCAACAGAGAGGCCUGCUGGAUUCCCUGUGAAGCCAGCCCCUUUAAAAGAGGAAGUUAUUGGUGACUUGAGAUCUUGUUCUCAGAUUUCUCCUCCUAUUCAAUCUGGUGUUGCACAAACAAAGGAGGAAGGAAAGGUUGAAGAAUAUAGCCUAUUUGCAGCAAGCAAAGGGAGUCGGUUUGCAUUUUUUUGAUUGCUCCCUUAGAUUUUGAAAAUGUUUUGCUUCAGCAAGAACAGACCUCCGAGGUCCUCCAUUGUGGGCAUGCUGCAACCUGUAAUUAGGUACAGUAUAGUCUAUACAUUCUAAGAUAUUGAGUCUUUGUUUUCCAUUUGAUUGCUAUUCAAAUUUUUAUUGUUUUUGACUGUAAAAAUACUGCGAGGUUCUUAAUGCUUUUUCCUGUAUGAGGUGAGAUUUCCAGUCAAUGAAAUAUUUUUUGAUAUUUAA